UCGAUUUCGUUUCGCUUAAGGACGUGGACCCUUAAAAAUAAAAGUAAAAUGAAGACCAUUUUGAUAUUGCUCAGUGUGGUGGCGACCGUGUAUUCUGGGCCUAUAGCUCAGGAGGAUUCGGUUAUGCGUUUGGUUGUUGGCAAUUUUGUGAAUUGUAUGAGCAGUGAUUUGAACUUGUGCCUGAAGGAACACGCAUUGAAAGCAGCCGAGAGGUUAGGUACAGUUCGCAAAUUGAACAUCAUUGAUGGUCUUACAAUUUAUAACAAUGGUCCACGUGAGUCCAGGAGCUUAGAAGCAUUGUCUACUGAACCUGAGAUCAGGAACAAACAGGUGACUGAAAGACUUUGGGAGAGCACUACCGACUUGCUGCAGAAGAGUGACUUGGAGGUCAGCUUUGCUGGAAGUGACGAUGAAGAAGAUGAAUCUAGGUCUAUUGAUGCUGAAGAAGGUCGCGGCAAGAAAAAGAAGCAGUUGAAGAAGAAACUGAAGCUCCUCAUCCCUCUAGCUAUCUUGGCUAAAGUGAAGGCCGUCGCUCUGGUUGUCCUAGCCUUGGUGGUCAUUGCUGCAUCCCUCUUCAAGUUGGCUGUCCUCGCCAAGAUCGCAUUCAUUGCUAAGGUCAUUGCCAUUGUCAAAGCCCUCAUUGCUAAGAAACACGCUCAGGAAGAGCACACAUGGGUAGCUCAUGAGGAACACCCCCAGGUUUCCCACGGUGGAUGGGAGCAAGGCUGGUCCCGAUCCCGGACCGAGGCCAAUAACCUGGCCUAUUCCGCCUAUCAGCAGUAAUUUACCAAAUAGUUUGAGUUAAGACGUGUGAGUGGUAAUUUAUUUGUAUGCGUGUGAUUGCAAUUCCAUUAUGUUUCUCGUUUGUUUCUCUUGCCGCAUUUUUUUCGUUGUUUCUUGAAUCGUAUUUGUGAUAUUUUUUUAUACAUUAUCUAUUUGUUUUAUGUAUUUAUU